UGAACCUAUAGAGAGAGAGAACUCAGGUGCUUUCUACAGAUGUCUCUGUAAGCCUGGCUCUACUCCAGUAGGUGAGGUGAAUACAGGCAGAGAACAGUGUAGGCUGAGUAUAGGCAUGCACCCAGAUACUUCAUUUACCUUUAGGUUUAUCUAUGGUUAGCUAACGGGUUGAGUCGGGAUGGACGGUUUCUCCAGUCUGAGGAGAACACAGAAAAGAUAUCCGUCCAACUCUGCCAGUCUCUCCAACCUUCACUAUCCUUCCAGCACAGGACCUUUACAGAGACCUUCUUCAUCUGUAAGUUACUCUCCUUCCACAUAUCAUCCAACAUCCUUUCAUCCUUCCUCCUCUCCCACCCCUCCUCCUCCUUCUCUACCAACAACAACAUCAGGUUCCAACAACCUUCACUACACUAACAACACCUCUAGUAGACUAAACAACUCCGGAAGUGCUGCUUCCUCCAGACUGAGCAGUCCUGUAAACUCCAAUAUCAGACCAAGUUUCCCAACCAGUUCAGGAUACAGUUCUAACAACGGAUCCGGAUACGGGUCAAAUAAUAGUUCGGGAUACGGGGCUAAUAAUAAUUCCGGAUAUGGUUCGAAUAACAGCUCCGGGUAUAGUUCUAACAACAGCCCUGGGUACGGUCCCAACCUCAGCUCCGGGUAUGGGUCUAAUAACGGCUCUGGGUAUGGUUUAAACAUUGGAGGGGGAUAUACAACCAUCCCAAUCCAUUCUACUAAUGGGUCAGGAAACAACAGUGAGUACAGUCGAAGCAGCGCUCUCGCAGGGACUGGUCGUGUUUCUCCGGCUCCACAGUGUGUUCAGAAGGGACGGGAGUUGAGCAGAGUUGCGGCGAAACGACAGCAGCUACUGGAGUCGGUUCAGUCCGGGGCUAACGCUCUCCAACAAGAGGCCAUGAAUGUCAAGCCGAGCGGGUUGACAGGUCACAGCCUCUCUUCUCUCUCCUCCCCCGAGGUUAAAUCCAACCUGGGGGAGCUGAAGAACAGCUUGUCGGAGAUGAAGAACCUGCAGGGAGGGUUGGCAGGCUCAAGUCAGAUCCUAGCAACACAAACUCAAUCCCUCUCAGAGUCAAGAAACUCAACCUUUAACAGAUCCGUGUCGGCCAGCUCUAAUCUGUGUGCGGCCGGAGCAGGACUAAAACAGCUCGGAUUUAAGAGAAAUGAAACUAGUCCGUCCAUUAUGGAAAUACCGUCCUCCGGUGAAAUAGAUAUAGAUGAACCAUGUGAUAACCUUCCUAUAGUGACUUCUCCUAUGCCUGAACUACCAGACAUGGAUAUAAACUUCUCAGAUUCAGAAAACUCCGGUUUAACCAGUCCUAACCUUGUCUCAUCCAUGCAUAGCGGUGGACUAACCCUGAGUAAUUCUAGUCCCCUUGCUAAGAUGAGUAACCUAACCUCCUUAUCAAAUACAAAUAGUUACUCACACGAAGAACGGAAAACCUCUUCCUCUUCUAAGACCAAGAUAGUGACAGAUAAGUUUAGUUCUGAAAGUGCUACUGCCACUGCUGCCCAGACCAAGAGAAUACAGACCGGAGAUGUGAGUUAUGAAGAAAAAAUAGCUGCAUCCGCCUCUAAGGGAAGGUUGGAGAAAGACGGUAUUGUUUCGGAGAAAGAGUCCGGACUGAAACAUCAAUCCAGAACUCACAGGGUUAGCGAUGUAGUGCAGUCAGAGAGUGCAACUGCAACAAUGUCAGGGAACAGGGUUCAGGCCGGAGCUUUCUCUUCCGAAAAUGUUUCUGCUGCAACAUCAACCUUGAGAUCUACUUUAGACUCAACAGGGAAAUUUACAAGUGAGUCUCACGCGUCGUCGGCAACUUCUAAAAAGAUGAGUAUAACAUCAGGAGGGGUAACCCGAACCUCACAGCUACUCAGUUCCAAUCAGAUUAGUAAAAUGAUCAACACCAAAAUGACGAAAGAAGAAAUCAAUAAAUACUUGACAAGUUUUGAAGAUCUGGACAGGCUGGGAACCACAACUAACGUGAAGGAUGUAGAGAAUGCUCUUGUAAAAUAUUGCGGAGUCAUGUCCAACACUGUGGAACAACUCAAGUCGGAGCAUAACGAGGAUUCCUUGGCGAGCAUGAUUACCAAAGUGAACGACAUGAUGUCCUCGGCCUGGAAAGUUCCGAGGUUUGGUCCCGACAUCGGAGAAACCCUGUGCGAUAUUAUGAGAAACAACGGUGGUAUGGAUCUUAUCAUGGAGAACCUAGGAACAGAUCAUGCUGUUCUUCAGUUUAACAGCGCUAAACUCCUAGAGAAAUGUUUAAUCACUGAGAAUAGAGAAUAUGUAGUUGAGAAAGGAUUGGAUAAAGCUGUAGCUAUUGCUAGAAAGUUAACUAGACCUGAUGUACGGGAUGUAAACCAUACUAGGGUUGGUACAGGAAUCCUGGAGAACCUCUUCAAGCACAGUGAAACCACGUGUGGGGACGUUAUUGCAAUGGGAGGUUUAGAUACAGUUGUCAACGAAUGUCAGUCAACGGAUAUUGAAACUUUACGGCAUUGUGCAAGUGCCCUGGCCAAUGCAGCUAUGUACGGAGGUUCUGAAAAUCAGGAGCUUAUGAUUAAACGUAAAGUUCCAACUUGGCUUUUCCCUCUGGCCUUUCAUAACGAUGAAACUAUAAAAUACUACGCAUGUUUGGCCAUAGCAGUUCUAGUUGCUAAUAAAGAGAUAGAAGCAGCGGUUCUGAAGAGUGGAACUCUUGAUCUUGUUGAACCCUUUGUACAAGGGAAGAACCCGGCUGAGUUUGCAGAAAUCUCCGCCCAGCAGUCAGGGGGUCAGAGUUCUACUUGGCUCAAGCGCCUCAUCCCGGUUCUACAUUCUCAGAGAGAAGAGGCUAAAAAUCUCGCAGCUUUUCAUUUCUGUAUGGAAGCUGAGAUAAAAGUAAAACAAGGUAAAACCUCAAUAUUUGAUGAAAUUGGAGCAGUGGACGCCCUGAAGAAGGUCGCUAGUAGUCCCAUGGGGAUUGCAUCCAAAUAUGCAGCUCAGGCUCUCAGGAUCAUGGGAGCUGAUGUUCCUCAUAAACUGAGCCAACAGGUUCCAACCUGGUCAGUAGAAGAUGUCAAGGAAUGGGUCAAACAGAUCGGGUUUCCACAGUUUGCGGAUUCAUUCACAGAGAGCAGAGUGGACGGAGACCUACUUCUCCAACUGACGGAGGAGAUGUUGAGAGAAGAUAUCCAGAUGAAGAACGGAAUCCUCCGGAGAAGGUUUCUCCGUGAGCUGACCAACCUGAAGAAGAGGACGGAUUACACCAGUGUGGAUAAUACAGGACUUAAUGAUUUUUUGCAAACUCUAGGCCAGGAAUAUUCAGUUUAUACUUAUGAUAUGUUAAACAAGGGGAUAGACAGGGAUACAUUGCUCAGUAUAAACGACGAGCAGCUACUCAUGGAAUGUGGUAUUUCUAAUAAAAUUCAUAGAAUUAAAAUCCAACAAGGAGUUAAAGUUGAACGUGGUGAUAUUAGCUACUCUGAAGAGAGUUUAGACAAAAACCUAGAUGUAUUUGUGAGCUACCGGAGAUCAAACGGAUCCCAGCUCGCCAGCCUUCUCAAGGUGCACCUUGAGCUACGGGACUACACAGUAUUCCUUGACGUAGCAGGGUUGGAAGCUGGUAAGUUUGAUAACAACCUGCUCCAGAGUAUACGAUCAGCUAGAAACUUUAUCCUAGUGUGUACAGCUGGAGCUAUGGACAGGUGUGUGGGGGAUCACGAACAGAAAGACUGGAUCCAUAAAGAGAUCUAUUGUGCACUCCAAUCUCAGUGUAAUAUUAUCCCAGUGUUUGAUAAUUUUGUGAUGCCAGAACCUGACAGUUUACCGGAGACAAUGCGUCCUAUCACGUCCUACAAUGGGGUUCGAUGGAUCCAUGAUUAUCAGGACGCAUGUGUAGAGAAGAUAGUCCGGUUUAUCUCCGGUGACGGAAGUAUGGGUGGACCCAUUAUGGAGCGGUUUCUAGCUGGCUCCAAUACUGGAUCCCAGUACUCUUACGGUAGACAGAACACAUACCAGAGAACCAUCUCGGAGGAGAGUAAUGCUCCGUCAACCCGCUCCGAUGAAACCUCAACCCUUGGGAACCAACCACAAUGACUUCUUGCGCCUGUUUCAACACUACAAACUAAACUAUUAUGUCCAGAUACUCCAAACCCUCCACCUCGGAAAGUUUCUCAGUUUCGUCCUCAGAAAUCUUCUCUCUCCUGCUCCAAACCCAACCUUAGAUCUUUCAGUCCUGCUCGAUCCGUUUCUCCGAUGACAAGCGGACGACUGCCUGGUUUAGGACGGCCGGUCCAGCUCACGGUCCCUUCUCUCGGGCGACAAAGUCCUCUAAUUCUCACUAAAGUCCCGUACAGUCCUGUAAUGAGAAGAACCCGGAAAGUUUCAACCAAUCCUCAGAUGAGGAAAUCUUUGAGCUUAGACAAUGUGAGAGUACAGAACUUUACUCCGGAGACUCGAGAGGAUUUUUUCCACGAGAAAAUUGAGGAAAAUGAAGAUGUUGCAAAUGAGCAGGAAUCUGCAGUCUCGGCAAAUUCCGAGAAGGUUGAGACUGUGAACUUUCCUUCUCCGGAUACUCAUGCCAAACCUGCCAAAUUUAACGAGGUUUUGACACGAGUUGGUGACAACUUCUGCUCCAGUUAUAGUUCCCUGCCAAGACCUGUCUCCAGGAGUAAGAGUAUAACACGAUCUCUAGUUCCCAAGAUGAGACAAAUGUUUGAGAAGUCUCGAAGCUGUGAUCCGGAGUGGGGUGAGGAGAACUCAGUACCUGAACCACGGAGAAGAUUCCAGACUAAGGACGGAACGGAGUCAACUCGAUCUAGUUUUGUCCUGUUAGAAACAGGACCCA